AUGUCUAUUGAAUAUGUGCUUUUAGUGAAACAAUAAUAAGUUUGCCUCUUCAAGAUUCCACCGGUCAGUAGUAGCAAGGGAUACUAUUUAGAUGACUGGAAGGAGAUGUUUUGGGAAGGUAAAAUAAAGCUUAUAAUUAACAGGGGGGAUCAAAUUAACUGAAAAAGGUGGGUUGUUGACUUUAUAUUUCAUCGACAAAAAUACUUCAGCGGUCCAGACCUUCGUAAAUCUACCAGAUAAUCCAUAUCAGGCAAUUGAGAAAACAGUUGAUAGUUAGAGGCAAUAUAUUAAUAUUGAUUAUUAGAGGAUAUGCAAUAAGGUUAGUAACUCCAACUGGAGGUCACUAAUGGGUUGGAUGUGUAUUUAGAGAUAGAAAUGAUGCUUUUGAUUUCAACGAAAAGAUAUUGAAAUUUAUUUCAGAUAGAG